ACACACAAAUUUCAAUAAUGUGCCAACAAGUCGCCAUCAUCAACAACAAUAACAACAAAAUGAAGACCAGCUACAGCAUUAAGCAGGUCUUGAAGACCUUCUUCAAGAAGCAACAAAAACAACAACAGAACAAGCAGUGCCAGAACAACUCACUGGAAUCACUUGAAUCCGUGGACAAUCUGCGCAACACUGAAGUCGAGGAGGUCUACUAUGCCGAAAUCGAUGAGAAUGCCGCCAACGAGAAACUCGCCCAGUUGGUGCAGGAGCAAGAGCUCGAUGCCGAGGAGGACAUCUAUGUGCCCGUACGCUUUGCACGCACUCAGGCCGGCACCUUCUUCUGGACAACCAAUCUGCAGCCAGUUGCCAGCGUCGAUGCCGAUUUGCUGCAGCCCGCCUACUGCUAUUCCAGCCAACAGCAUCCGUUCAUGCAAUAUCAGGAUCGUUGGGCUCAGGCUUAAAUCUGAAAAUCAGGGCCCAAUCCUCGAAACAACAACCAGCUUUAAAUGCAUACAACACUGUGAUAGCAGUAGCAGCAGCAGCAGCAGCAGCAGCAUCGUACUUAAUCUUAACUCGAACUCAACUCAGCGAUCCCAGCGCUUCCACUAGAUUAUAAGAUAUUGUGAUAGAAAAUGAGAGCUUUACAAAAUACAUAACAAAAGAU